GAUUCCAUUGCUAAUUUAAUGAGUUCUUCUUAUGAAUGUCUUGAUCAUGUUCUGCGAGCACGGUCUGCAAUAUAUGCUGUAUUAGCAGAGGAUAGCAUUGAAAUAAACGAUAAUGUUAAAGAAACGAUUUUGGAUUAUGGAUUUUGGAUGGAUCUUAAAAAACUACAUGAUUUUUUAGAACCGUUUAUUAUUUUUAUAUGCCAAUUGGAAA